UGAUGUGCAUCCUCAUCAACCAUGGGUUCUGUGCGCACCGGCACGCAAAUCUCUUGCCGUGUGGAAUUAUGAAGAUGGAACAGGUUGCCGCAUGGGAAGUUCCCGAGGAAAAUUGGCAUAGCAGUUUCAAUGCAAAAUUUAUUGCACAAAAAGGCUGGAUUUUGGUAGAGGCCAUUGAAAAGGCCUUUGUUUAUGAAGCCCAAGCUUCGAACUUCUACCUUGUCAAAGUCCUAGAGCAUUCCCGACAGUGCUCCGACGAUAGCAUCGUGGUCCAUCCCAGCUUGCCCUAUAUAUUGGCUGCUUUCAGUGAUCACGUGGCUCUGUGGGACUGGGAAAAAGAAUGGGAGAAGAUUACGUUUGAGGGUCAUGCUCUUGGGAUCUCUGGUGUGUUGGCGUUUCAUAUGGGAGAUUUGAAUAUCUUUGCAAGUGCCUCACGGAGUAGCACAAUCAAGAUAUGGGACAUAAGCACAAGGUCGUGUGUUCAAACCCUGGUUUGCGGCGAUGGGGUAACUUCACAGCUUGACUUCUGCAGUAGACCCCAGAGAUCAUUGUUGCUUUCCUAUCACAAUUCCGUCACAUUCAGCGAAGACCGAGUUGUAUUAGUAUGGGAUUACAAGAAGGGAGUCUGCUUAGGUAGAUUGACCAUGCCUAAUUUGGAUUUUUACGUUCCUAAGACCGCCUUCUUCCAUCCACACUUGCCCUAUAUCUGUACUUCGGCGGAUGCGGAUCCUUGCAUUGCGCUUCAGAACGAGUCCAACCUUCAGUUGGUACCUGGGUAUAGCUGGGGACCAAGAAGCUAUAAACUUAUGGGUAUUGCUCCCUGUAAAAACUCCAACGAUGUGAUCGCUUUCGGAUUCCGAGGACAGUUCUCUGUACUGAAGGUGGUGGUGGCAGCGAAAGGAGGAAGCGAGGAAAGUGAGGAGAAGAUGCAGGGGAAAUCUUUCUCUGCGAAAAGGCUUCGUGCCCACACAUUGAAUAAUGAUAAUGUCGAUGGACCAGCGCUGGUAUCGAGAAAAUUGGUUGCAGAGAUGGACGAUGAGGCCAUGAGUAACAAGCCAAAAUGGGAGAAGAGAAUUCAGCAGGUGGCGGCCGACUUGGAGCUCAAGUUCAUGAAGGCACUUGAUGCAUUGAGAGAAGAGCAUCGGGUAAAGGAGAGCAAGCAAGAAGAGCGGGUCCAGGAGCUGGAAGGGGACGUACGACAACUGAAGGCAGAGAUGACAGCGAUAGUUGAGGCGAAAGGGAAGUCGAAGGUUGUGCAGAUGAUGGAAGAUGAGCUUGUCGAUGACACGCCAGAGUGGGAGAAGAUAAUUCAACAGGUGGCAGCCAACGUGGAGCUCAAGUGCAUGGAGGCACUGGACGCAUUGAGAGAAGAGCAUCGGGUAAAGGAGAGAAAACAAGAAGAGAGGGUCCAGGAGCUGGAAGAGGUGGUCAGACAAAUGAAGACGGAAAGGGCGGAAAUGGUUGGUAGAAGGGUCGUGAAGAUGGAAGAUGAGGAGGUUGCCAGUGACAAGCCAGAGUGGGAGAAGUGAAUUGAGGAGGUGGCGGCCGCCAACUUGGAGGCAUAAUGCAUGGGGCCACGUGGUGCAGUCAGGGAAGAGAAAGCGAAGCGAAUAGAGAGCGGCGGCGAGCUGGAAGAGGAGACGAGGUGUUCUAUUUUUAGAUCAGAAAUUUGAAGGAGGAGAUGGCAGCAAUGUCUGAGAGGAAUGUUGAAAAAAAAGGGAAAAAUGAAGCGGAAGAUACGGAAGCGCUUGACUAGGAGGGUAGCAUACAGGGGUGGAGAAAUUUCAGAAGCUGACGGUUGGGGAGAAGUUACAGAAAUUGAGGCAGAGGGUUGAAGAAUCAAAGGGAAGACUACCUUCUUCCUCCGAAUACAACGUACAGUCAUUACAGCUAUAAUGACUGUGCGUUGUAUUCGGGGGAAGAAGGUAGGGCAAAAGGAGUACCUCUGUAUGGUUGAUGAAAGAGCAUUGACAUCCUUCAAAAGAACUCUAUGCUGCAUGUACAAGUCUGAAGUGAAGUGGAGGUGCGGAAAUGGAAAUUGCGACAUUUCUUGGUGGUUUUAUGUCUGGGAUUUGAACCCACACCCUUCUGGACCAGUAAAAAGAAGAACAAACGGCAUUCGACCAG